GAGCUGAGAGAUCUGGCAUUCAGACACCCAAACUUGGUUCUUGUGAAGCUGGAUGUUGCAGAUCCCUCCGCCAUUACUCAGGCAGUGAAGAUCGUGGAGGAGAAGCUGAAUGGCAUGGGCUUGAACCUGCUGAUAAACAAUGCUGGCAUCUACACCCCAGAGGCAUCGCUGGAGACAGUGGAUGCUGAAGAGAUGAUAAGGACAUACAAGACAAAUGCAGUGGGGCCACUGCUGAUGGCCCAGGCGUUCCUGCCCCUACUGAAGAAGGCUGCCCAGGAGAGCACAGAAAAGGGGCUAAGCUGCAGAAGGGCGGCCAUCAUCAACAUCUCUGCCAUGCUGGGGUCCAUCGAGAAAACUCCCCAGUGCUUCUUCAAGCCUGUCAUCUCCUACCGCUGCAGCAAGGCUGCCCUCAACAUGCUUACCAGGUGCCAGGCUCUGACAUACAGGGAAGCUGGGAUCCUCUGCGUGGCACUUCACCCCGGCUGGGUGAAAACCGACAUGGGUGGUCAGGAG